AGUCAGAAUCACACAGGCAGCAGGCGGUCUAACAUCAGUCUAACAUCAGUGUAACAUCAACCUGAGAGGUUCUGCUAACUGAGAAACACCAUGAAGAACUUCGUCUGUCUCUGGUUUGUUCUGGGUUUUGUGGAUCAGUCUCUCUGUGAAGAUCCUGUAACCAUCACAGCAGAACCAGGACAGAACGUCACUCUGACAUGCAGAUCUCACAGGAACAGCAUCGUUACAGCUGUAAGGCUGACCAGAGACAACCUGGAUCCACAAUACGUGUUUCUCUACAGGGAUGAGCAGAUUGAUAAAGAGCUCCAGAAUCCACAGUAUUUGGGCCGAACAGAACUCCAAAGUGUUCCCACCUCUGAUGGAAAUGUCAAUUUGACUAUAAAGAAUGUGACAGAGAAGGACAGUGGAAAAUAUGAGUGUCGUGUCAAGACUGAAAUAAAAAGCAACACACGCAGGAAGAGAUCCGACUUUGAAAACACCAUCAUCCAGCUGCAUGUAGCUGCUGGUCCUCAAGGAAACCAGAAUGGAGGGAACCAAGACGGGUUAGGUGUCAGUCGAAGUCCUGUUGUCCUGAUGGUGGCUCUGGCUGCUGUAGUUUCUGUCAUUGUUGCCAUGGUGAUAAAAACAGUUAUUAGGAGGAAGAAGAUCAAAACUCUUUCUGCUUCUUUCCCUGAAGAUGCAGAGAAACCUCCAUUAAUCUGACUGAAAGUUGUUUCUGGAUCAUCAUCAACUUUGUCUUUAGUCAAUAACAACAUGCAAAUAUCAGCAACAGAGACAAAAACCAUGAAGAUCAAUAAUUUAAUGAUCAGUUAUUGUAAUAUUAACCUGAUCAACUUGUGGUUGAUUCCUGCACUAACAUGUGUCCUCUCUGUUGAAUUGCUACCUUGUCGUGGUGGAGGGGCUUCAAUGAUUGUCACCUCCUGGGGGGUUAAUAAUAAUAAUAAUGAUAAUAAUAAUGAUAAUAAUAAUAAUAAUAGUAUUAUUAUUAUUAUUAUAUUAGACCUGCCCUAGAGAGGAAUCAGACCAAAAGCAAUUCAAACACCUCUACAUGUUUUAGUGCAGUUUUGGAACCACAGAUAAUAAAAUGAUGUUAAAUUAUAAUUGGAAAAAUUAAUAAUGUAUUUUCA